AUGUCUGUGGAUAUUCGAAAUCGGACCGUUGAGUUCCAGAAAAGGUGUGCAAUUAUAUCGAAGAAGAACAGGAAUAGCAAUGGGAAGGUAAACGAAGGGUCAGGGUCGAGCGGGCCCAGUAAAUCUGAGUUUCAGCAGAAAGCAUCGCAUAUAGCGCACGAAAUAUCGAAUACUGCGAUGCAAUUGGGGAAACUUUCGCAACUCGCGAAGAGAAAACCGUUGUUGAACGACAAUCCGGUGGAGAUUAUGGAGUUGACGUUUCUGAUCAAGCGGCGGAUAUACACGAUUGAGAACGAGUUGAUGGAGUUGAACAAGUUGCAGAUAGGGACGAAGCAGCAUAAGCAGAACGUGAUGACGCUUUUGAACACGAAAAUGAAGAAUAUCAGUGGUAAUUUCAAGGAUGUGUUGGAGACGAGGCAGAAGCUUGAGCUUGAGAAUAAGGAUAGACUGGAGAGGCUCACGCAGGGGAGCGGUGACGUGGCGGGGGAUGGCAGUAAUAAUGAGAAAGGUAGUGGUGCUAUCAAUGGACAUACUGGCAGUCUGAUUGGGCACGGAUACAACAAUGUGAAUCCGUUCAUAAGCAAUUUAAUCGAGGACGAGACGACGAAAAAUGCAGCAGCUUCGGGAGCCAACGGGAGCGGCUUGACGCUUCCUCAGGACGGGAAUUUGCUUUUGCUCGAGGAGCAGCGGACCGACCAGCGGUACUUGCAGGAGAGAAGCAAUGCGAUCGAGACGAUAGAGAGCACGAUACAGGAGGUGGGGAAUCUUUUCCAGCAGUUAGCGCAUAUGGUGCAGGAGCAAGGGGAGACGAUCCAGCGGAUCGACGAGAACGUGGGCGACAUCGAGAUGAACAUCCAUGGCGCGCAGCGCGAGUUGCUAAAGUAUUUUGACAAUAUCAGCAACAACAGGUGGAUGGCCGUCAAGAUCUUUGCCAUUAUAUUUGUGUUCUUCUUGUUGUGGGUGAUGGUGAAUUGA